AAAGCCAGAAUUGGACGGACACCCAGCAGUGUGUCCAACUUGAGCAAGGAUGAAUCUCCUUUCUUUCAAUCAGAGCAACCUUCUGCUGCCAAGAGACGGACAUUCAGCCAUGUGUCCACGAAGAGCAAGGAUAAACAUCUUGUCUUUCAAGCAGAGCAACCUUCUGCUGCCAAGAGCCUCGAUGCCCGGAUUGGACGAACACUCAGCAUUGUGUCCAAAAUCAGCAUGGAUGAACAUCUCAACCUUCAAUCAGAGCAACCUUCUUCUGCCAAGAGUCUACAGGCGGAGCCAAAAGGCAGGAGUGGCCAUUUUUUCCCCCAGCACCAAAUUCAGCUGAACUCCAUAUUUAUGGAGCUGGAGGACAACAUUGUCUCUUUUGUGAAGAAUGAGCUGAAAAAAGUCCAAAGGGUUCUGAGUCAAGAUUACCCAGAAUGCUCAGCGAGUCAGAGAAUGGAUAUGUUGGAAGAUGAAGAUGAAAAGCAAAGGAGCAGCAGAGGGGCCUUUCUGAAGAUCACACUGAACUUCCUGAGGAUGAUGAAUCAGGAGAAGCUGGCUGAUCAUCUGCAAAGCAAAUUUGCAACUGCAGUUUGUCAGCAAGAACUCAAAUCUACCCUCAAGAUGAAGUUCCAGUGUGUUUUUGAGGGGAUCGCUAAAGCAGGAAACCCGACCCUUCUGAAUGAUAUUUACACAGAGCUCUACAUCACAGAGGGAGGGACUGGAGAGGUCAACGAUGAACAUGAGGUCAGACAGAUUGAAACAGCUUCCAGGAAACCACACAGACCAGAAACAACCAUCAGACAGGAAGACAUCUUUAAACUCCCACCUGGAAGACAUCAACCAAUCAGAACAGUGAUGACAAAGGGAGUGGCUGGCAUUGGGAAAACAGUCUUAACACAGAAGUUCACUCUGGACUGGGCUGAAGAUAGAACCAACCAGGACAUCCAGCUCAUGUUUCCGUUUACAUUCAGAGAGCUGAAUGGGCUGAAAGGAAAAAAGUUCAGCUUGGUGGAACUUGUUCAUCACUUCUUCACUGAAACUAAAGAAAUGUGCAGCUUUGACAACUUCCAGCUGCUCUUUAUCUUUGAUGGUCUGGAUGAAAGUCGACUUCCUCUGGACUUCCACAGGAACCAGGUCCUGACUGAUGCUACAGAGUCCACCUCAGUGGAUGUUCUGCUGACAAACCUCAUCAGAGGAAAUCUGCUUCCCUCUGCUCGCAUCUGGAUAACCACACGACCUGCAGCAGCCAAUCAGAUCCCUGCUGACUGUGUUAGCAUGGUGACAGAGGUAAGAGGCUUCACUGACCCACAGAAGGAGGAGUACUUCAGGAAGAGGUUCAAAAAUAAACAGCAGGCCAACAGGAUCAUCUCCCACAUUAAGGCAUCACGAAGCCUCCACAUCAUGUGCCACAUCCCAGUCUUCUGCUGGAUCACUGCUACAGUUCUGGAGGAUGUGCUGAAAACCAAAAAGGAAGGAAGACUCCCCAACACCCUGACUGAGAUGUACAUCCACUUCCUGGUGGUUCAGACAAAACUGAAGAAGGUCAGGUAUGAUGAAAGAGCUGAAACAGAUCCAGACUGGAGUCCAGAGAGCAGGAAGAUGAUUAAGUCUCUGGGAAAACUGGCUUUUGAUCAGCUGCAGAAAGGAAACCUGAUCUUCUACGAGUCAGACUUGACAGAGUGUGACAUCGAGAUCAAAACAGCAUCAUGGUACUCAGGAGUGUUCACACAGAUCCUGAAAGAGGAGAGGGUACUACACCAGGACCAGGUGUUCUGCUUCGUCCAUCUUAGUGUCCAGGAGUUUCUGGCUGCUCUUCACGUCCAUCUGACCUUCAUUAAGUCUGGAGUCAACCUGAUGGAAGAAGCACAAAAAAACAACCAGGGUACUGUGUUUCAUAACAAGCCAAAACUAAAUUAUCUUCAUCAGAGUGCUGUGGACCAGGCCUUACAGAGUCCAAAUGGACACCUGGACUUGUUCCUCCGCUUCCUCUUGGGUCUUUCACUUCAGACCAAUCAGACUCUCCUACGAGGUUUCCUGACACAAACAGGAAGUAGCUCACAAGCCAGUCAGAAAACUGUCCAGCACAUCAAGAAGAAGAUCGGUGAGAAUCAGUCUGCAGAGAAAAGCUUAAAUCUGUUCCACUGUCUGAAUGAACUGAAUGAUGGUUCUCUAGUGGAGGAGAUCCAGCAGUCUCUGAGCUCAGGACGUCUGUCCACACAAGAACUGUCUCCUGCUCAGUGGUCAGCUCUGGCCUUCAUCUUACUGUCAUCAGAAGAUCUGAAUAUGUUUGAUCUGAAGAAAUAUUCUGCUCCAGAGGAGGUUUUUACAAGGCUGCUUCCAGUCAUUAAAGCCUCCAACAGAGCUCUGUAA